GCAGUCACACUGCAUUGACUUUCAGAUUUUUUUCGCGUCGCAAAUAUAUUUCAGAAUAUACCAAAAUAUUUACAAUUAGCAGUUAUUAAAAGACUAUUUUUGGCGCUCAUCUUUAAAAGCAAGAUUUUUAACUAAUUCCGAGGAACCGCUCGUUCGAAAGCAGGGCAAUGAUAAAAGUGUAUAAGUCUGACCCCGAGGACAAGAAAGUGAAGCGACUGUACCACCAGAGGUACCGCACCGAAUGGGAGAAGAUUCCUGAGUUCUCCGGCUGGCUUCGCCCCAGCAACGAUGGCUACUCGGCGCACUGCGUUAUCUGCGACGCGAACGUCCUGGCCAGAUUGGCGUCCAUCAAACAACAUCUCAUCACGCGGAAGCACCAGGAAAGUUUCAAAUGCACCGCCAUUCUAUCGCAGACAGUGGUAAAGAGUGAGCUCUGUAAGGAUGAGAAUAAUCCCGAACUGUUGGCUUCUAUUACUACACUCAAGCCAAAGGCUAAGCCCAAACCAAAACACAAGCUGAAAAGCAAGAUGCAGCCAAAAAUGAAGCACGAACUAAAGGAGGAGCGCAUGGAGGACGAUGAAAUCGCCUCGAACGAUUCAAUCCUGGAUGAUCUCUUGAGAACCGAGCCGUUGGCCCAGGAGUAUGUGGUUGAGAACGAGUUCGUCGAAGAGCAUGAGCAUCAAGAUGUUCACGAGCAGGAGGCAUACGAAGAGGAGGAGAUGAUCCACAUUAAGCAAGACGAACCUGAUCUGCACGUCGACUUACAUGACGAUGACAUCUCGGAAGACGCCAUUAUCAGUGAAUUUGACCUGUUUGGCAAAAGCCUGGCGUUGCAGCUCAAUAACAUGGACCUGGAGGACGCACUGCUCUGUCAGGAGCGCCUGCAGGUGGUGCUCACAGAAUUCCGCCUGAAAAUUCUUAAGCGUAAGAGGGAAAACAAGCGGAGUUCUUAGGCUUACAUUUUUUAUCAAGUUUAGUUUUCUUAUGUACAUAGAAUAAUCUUUUAAAUAAAUAAAUCUAUUCCGCAUCAA